GAUCUGCACACACUAAUUUUUGCGUACACACUGUGAGCAGAGACAGCAUGAGUGCAGUGUCUGAACCUUUGGUUGGCAGUAGCAGGACUCCAUCUGCAGCCAAAAGACACAGAAGUAUCAGGAAGAACUCUAGAAGGAUUUAUUCAGCCUACCAAAACCACCAGCAGGGCUCCUCAGAUGAUGAAGAUAAAGAGGAUGAGCGGGUGGACAGCAAUGACCCAGAGGAGAUGUUCCAGAACAUUCAGUACCAGAAGGAGAUCAUAGCCAAUAUUCGGACCAGACCCUGGCCAAUGAGACGCAAGCUCAAAGUCCUAAAGCAGGCCAGAGAGAUUGUUCUGAAGUACGAGGGCCAACUGACCAGAACCAGAGGUUACCAGACUGCGGGAGCUGAUGAGAAUGGACUCGCGGUGAGGCAGAGUUCCUCACUCUGCCACUGCCACACUGUCACAUCAUAA